ACCAACCGAAAGCGGCAGAGAUUUGUCACUGUAUUUGACCACUCGACCCUUCACCUGUCAGCGACAUGCACUUCUCCUCGAACGGCAAUUAGUUUCCAGCGUGUUUCUCCGUCGCUAGAGCCGCCGUCAGAAGGACCCGAGAUGAGUUUUUUCAAAAUGCCGGAACACUAAGUUCAGCACAGUGUGUCCCUCGUGUUAUCUGCUCCGUGUGGACUCUGGGAAUGACAUUAGUUGCAGCUGACAGGAUGGAGUACCUGUUCCAGCGAUGUCACAAAGACGCUGUUUUCAACUCAGUCUUCCGCUCGGUGCUGCUCAUGUCAUGUUUGUUCCUGGUCCUGACUGUGUCCAUGUAUUCUGGGUUGUGGUCCAUCGGGGUCCGGCUUCAUUCAAUGUUCACAGGAAGCUACGUACCAGGUCACCACUCGGUACUUCUCAUCAAUAGCCCCAACGAACAGGCAGCCAGGGACAUUGGCAGAGCUAUCAUGGACAGACGGCUGGCAGCGAGUAUUAACAUUCUCUCCAAGACCUCCACAAUGUACUAUUGGAAAGGUGAAAUCCAGGAUGCAAGUGAAAUCCUGAUGCUGGUGAAAACAAAGACCUCCAGGAUCCAGCAAGUCAUAGAUUAUGUGAGGUCUGUGCAUCCCUAUGCAAACCCCGAAGUCCUCAGUUUCCCCGUGGAGGACGGCAGCCUGGCCUACAUGAAGUGGAUGGAUGAAGCCAUUCCAGAUGACUGAGAUAUCGUUAAAAUCAAAGCCAAUCCCAGCAUGGACUUCUGCCAAACAGGGAAACUGAGCCAUGUGUGCAAGCUGUUGAUUAAACCUUUGGAUCGAAGGGCUCAGGAAGCACUCUGCUGAAUUCAUGUUGUUACAUGACAUUUACGCUUUUUUCUGCUCUGGCAUUUUCACCAGAAAUUCUACGUACUUCAGAGAUUUUAUUUUAGAUAAUAUACCACUGCCAAAGAAGACACUUAGUGAAAAAUCUUAGAGUGGAAAGGGCCAAGUUUCCAGUGGACCAGUUUGUUUUAGAUACAGGGACCAGCUACAACAUGAAAACCACGUGACUAACACCGUGUACGCAACCCUUGUGCUGUGAAAAUAGCUGUGAACCAUUGAACCAUGGGACACCUGUGGUGCCUCACACCAGGAUUUUGGCAUCAGAUCCUUUGGAAAACUGAGGUUUAUGUGGCGAGGCCCUUAUGGAUCAGGCUUGCUCCAGCAGAUCCUACAUCUGUAGGAUGCUCGAUUAGAUUGGGAUCUACGGAGUUUGGAGACCAGGUCAAUGCCUUCAGUUCUUCUCAAGCAGUUUUUGUGGUUCUGCUUGGGGACAUGGCAGCCAUCGGAGAGUUCAGCUACAAUGAAGGUGCAUGUUUGAUCUGGAACAGUGUGUAGGUUUGUAACGUGUCAAAGUAACAUCCACAUAAAUGGCAGGAUCCUGGGUUUUCCAGCAAAACAGAACAUUUAACAAUGUGAUCACUGUUAGACACUUAGCCUGUCAGUGAUUUUCAUGUUAUGGCUGAAGAGUUUGCAUUAUGCUGCUGGUAAACAGAAUGAUGCCUCCGUUUCCUGCUAUAACUGGAAACAGAAGCAUCAUUCUAUAACUGUUCCCAGUCAUAAAACAGAUCAGAUGGUAUAAACAUCCCAUUUAAACAAUGGCCAGUUUUAAUACACUGCCUGUGCUUCAUAGUGUGAGUGAGGUAAUCAAGAUGCCUUGGAUUGUAUUCAGAAAAUAACUGACUCAGUAGAAACAUCACCACUCUGAGUCAUGCAUUUCUUGCCUCAUGCAUUGUCAGAACUCUUCAUUAUGCAUUAUUGCUUGUGCUUUACUGCUAUUAGAGAAUACAAAGUGCAAACAACAAACUCAGUAUGUGCAAUUUAUAGAGCACAUUCUGGCAACACUUGACUUAAUGUCAGCCAGUUUGGAAUCAAAUAAAAAUUUAAAACCAAGCUCAUAGCACUCUGUAAUUUAGCUUUGAGCAAACAUAAAUGUUUAUUACUUUGUCAGCAACGCUAUCACUUUCCUGUGACCCAUGAGUAGAUAUUGGUGUAUAAAUGAAUAAAGAGUGAUAAUAUAGUGAAAGAGAGAUAUAUUUUAUAAUAUAAAAUGUGUAAUCAUAGUAGAAGAAACACUGAAAUCUGUCUUGUAAAUGUUUAUAAAAGGCUCCUACAUGGUAGAUGGGAUCACCAAAAAGCAGACUUGCAGGUUUAAUAUAUGAUAGAGUUAGAGCGCUCUAUACUGAUAACAUUAGUACAUUUGUCAUGUACUGCCUAGUACUGAAGCUUAUGUUUAUCGUUAGGAUUUAUUUUAAAGCCAUUUCCAAGGUCUAACAAAGGAAGAACAACAACAUUCAGACAGGCAGAGUAAUCUUAGUGUACCUACAGAUCAUCUAGCAGUAGAGGGAGGAUGCACAAACAACUGUGUACACAUGGUGUUUAAUUUCCUUUACUGGUGCGAUACCGCUAGCAACGCAGAGCAGUUUGCCUUGUGCAAGUUAAACUUCAAGGGCAAUACUUCUGAAUUUCAACUGUGCUCAGCUCCUGGUUGACUCGGCUUGUACUAAUAAAACAUUUACUGCAUCUUUUACUACCUCAGGUGAAGCUAUAGAGAACUAUUGAGGAUAAAUUCAUAGAUAGGUUCACAGUGCUCUGCAUUAGUGGACAUGUUGACUGUUUAUAGAUCUGUCCCCCCCCUCACAUUUGCUGUUUCACACGGGGCACAUGGAACUGCAACUGAUCGGAAUGGGUCUUGCCAAAUAAUUGAAAUUAAAUAACCGCAAAUUAAUUUGUUAAAGGACAGUAUCAGGAGUCAAAAUCUUGUUAUAGAUAUACCAAGCCAUAUUUGCUGUUACACAAAACUCGCCGGCCAUGCGAGCUUACAUCAUUAAACAAAAAUACGCACCAAAGCCUCGGUCUGCAGAAAGCGUUUCCGGCAUGAGGCCCCAACAAAGGAACUGCAGACAUGGUUUAGUGUGGUGUUGUGUUGGUGAAGCCAAAAUAAUCCUCCCUGUCAGGAGCAGACAUCAGGCCAUGUGGUGGCGGUGUGUUUGUGUGAGCAUCCAGUUCUUCAAUAACUCCGUACAACACAGUAAUGUACAAACACAUCAGGAUGGACGUUAUAUUUUAAUAUGCAAUGCCGCUGACAGAUGCCUUGCUGAGUGAUCAUUAUUGUGUAAUGACAAAUGAUGCUCUGCCAAAUAAAGAUUGGAUUAUUUUGUA